CAGUCUUAUAAUUUUUAAAUUUGGAAGCUCUGGAAUCAGGGGGAUAUGCCUAACACUGCAGUAACCGGUUUUCAAUGGGACAAGCUCUCUCCGGCCGAGUUUCAGCAGUUGCAGGAAUUGGCAUCCUAUUCCACGAGGAAACUUCAAGAUGUGCUUAAUGAGUUUUGCGAAGUUAAGAAACAGAGUCCAGACGGGGACAUCGACUAUGAAGGGUUCCGUUGGUUUCUUGAUACAUUCCUCGAGGUCAGCACUCCAGAUGAGCUGUCCAGACAUCUGUUCCUCUCGUUCGUGCGUCGUGACAAGCGGCCGGCGUUACGUGAAAUGGCGGCGGCGAGUUCUGCGGCCGCCUGCGCCGCUGUCACCGCACAUGCUGACCAUCAGGGCAAGUUAAGUUUAGCAUCCAAAAUUCAUGGCUUGGCUGAACGGUUACAGCAGCUCGGUCGAAGUUCAGGAGACUCGGUUGAUGGUAGCGACAAAGGGUCCAGGAGUAGAACUGGGAGCGUGCACCCCAUGUUCACAGUGACCACCCAUCCAUCUUAUUCUUCGCAUGAGUUGUGUCUGGACAGACGUACAGAAACGAGUCCUAGCCACAGUCAAAUGUCGAGGAACUCUAGUAGGAAAAGCAGUAACUCGCUGCGAGUCAACCAGUCAACUAAAAUAGAAGAUUUCAAGCACUUAAUGCGGCGACCGUCUACACUAGAAGUUCACACAGCUCGGGUCUCUCUCAAGGACAUAGUUUGCUAUUUAUCUCUACUGGAGGCUGGACGACCGGAAGACAAAUUGGAAUUUAUGUUUCGCCUUUACGACACGGAUGGUAACGGUGUAUUGGACACGAACGAGAUGGACUGCAUAGUGAAUCAAAUGAUGACGGUCGCUGAAUAUCUUGGAUGGGAGACGUCGGAACUCAGGCCGAUUCUGCAAGACAUGAUGGUGGAAAUUGAUUACGAUGCAGACGGGACGGUGUCACUUGAUGAGUGGAAAAGAGGAGGAAUGACCACAAUACCUCUGUUGGUCCUCUUGGGGUUGGACACUAACGUGAAAGAAGAUGGCGAGCAUGCAUGGAGGUUGAAGCAUUUCAGCAGACCAGCAUACUGUAAUCUGUGCUUGAACAUGCUGGUCGGGUUGGGGAAAAAAGGACUCUGUUGUAUAUUUUGCAAGUUCACAGUUCAUGAGCGCUGUGUACAGCGUGCCCCAGCAUCCUGUAUAGCGACAUAUUCCAAAUCUAGGAGAGCAUCGGCUACCCUCGCUCAUCAUUGGGUUGAAGGCAACUGUCACGGUAAAUGUGCGAGGUGUCGAAAAAAAAUCAAGGGGUAUAAUGGUAUAACAGGACUUCACUGUCGAUGGUGCCACAUCACGCUCCACAACCGUUGCGUGGGAAGCGCUGGCGGUGCCUGUACCCUGGGAGCUCACUCGAAGCACAUACUGCCGCCUACAGCCAUUCGACCGCUAGUAUUAGAUCGGCAGCGGUCGUUACCACACCGACCUCAACAAGAUCAGCAAUCUCUUCCAACAUCAAUAUCACUGCCUAUCUCCAUCUCCGCGCCUCCAGAAGACAAGAAAGAGGAGAGAAGAGAACAUAGAGCACCUCCCAUCUCAUUCCAAAUAACUCCUCCUGAUGGGACGUGUCCUUUGUUAGUGUUCAUCAACCCGAAGUCUGGUGGGAGACAGGGAUCCAGGAUAAUGAGGAAACUGCAGUAUAUAUUGAAUCCUCGGCAGGUGCAUGAUAUAGCGAAAGGUGGACCCAUGCAGGGUCUACAAAUGUUCAAAGAUGUCAAAAGCUAUCGAGUUAUAUGCUGUGGUGGUGACGGUACCGUCGGAUGGGUGCUCGAGACGAUGGAUAAGGUUCAAAUGGAGGCGCAGCCGGCUGUGGGAGUAAUACCACUUGGUACUGGCAACGAUCUGGCUCGAUGUCUCAGGUGGGGUGGCGGUUACGAGGGGGAAUCGAUCCACAAGAUCUUGGAUAAGAUCUCUCGCGCGAGCACCGUCAUGAUGGACCGCUGGCAGAUACAUGUGGAGAACUCCACGGCAGAGUGUGAACAACUACAAAUGCCAGAUUCGGCGCCGCAUCCAACGACGGUCCCGUAUAAUAUUAUCAACAAUUACUUCUCCAUCGGUGUUGACGCAGCGAUAUGCGUGAAGUUCCACACAGAACGAGAACGGAACCCGGACAAGUUCAGUUCGCGGAUGAAGAACAAGCUGUGGUACUUCGAGUUCGCCACCUCCGAGCAAUUCGCCGCCAGCUGCAAGAACUUGCACGAGCAUAUUGACAUUGUGUGUGACGGUUCAUCGUUGGAGCUGAACAAGGGUCCAGCGCUGCAGGGGGUAGCGCUGCUGAACAUCCCUUACGCGCACGGCGGCUCCAACCUGUGGGGGGCGAGUGGGGCACACCGUAGGGGUCGAUUUCCUAAUGCCCAACAAGAUAUUGGAGAUAAACUAAUAGAAGUAAUAGGUCUAGAAAAUUGUCUGCACAUGGGCCAAGUCCGAACUGGCCUUCGAGCGUCAGGCAGACGGCUGGCGCAGUGCAGCUCAAUCACAAUCACAACGAAGAAAACAUUCCCAAUGCAGAUAGACGGUGAGCCGUGGAUGCAACCGCCUUGCAAAAUAAUAAUAACCCACAAGAACCAAGUUCCGAUGUUGAUGGGACCAGCGCCGGAGAAGGGGCGAGGUUUCUUCAAGUUAUUCACUCAUUGUUAA